AUGGAUCCCGUCCACCCCCCGGUCGCCGAGCCACCUGCGCCCGAAGUUCAGGAAACACAACAGGCGCCUCAGCCAGACCAGCAACACCUUCAACAAGAUAUUCAGCAGGAGCAACUGCCAGAGCAAGCACAGGAGCUUCAGCAAGAUGCUCCGCAAGAAGCCCAGCCCCACCAGCGAGACAUCCCACGUCGCUCAGAAGCUGAAACACCUACCAUCAUCCCGGCCUCCGCCCCAGAAGAAUCUACCCUCCCUCCGACAAGCUAUCAUAACGGUUACAGCAGCGACUCGCGCGCUCAUUAUGACUAUCACACUACUCCCACGCACAACACACACCCUCAACCGCCGGCGACGUCGAGACCGAGUUCUGGGUUAUCAGUUACGCAGAAACAGCCCGCGCAGCCGUCGAAGAACAGCGUGGUGAUCAAGGUCGGCAUGGUCGGAGAUGCACAAAUUGGAAAGACUAGUUUGAUGGUCAAAUAUGUCGAGGGUAGCUGGGAUGAGGAUUACAUUCAGACACUGGGCGUCAACUUUAUGGAAAAAACAAUCUCGAUCCGGAAUACAGAAAUCACAUUCUCAAUCUGGGAUUUGGGUGGUCAGCGCGAGUUUGUCAACAUGCUGCCGCUUGUGUGUAACGAUGCCGUCGCUAUUCUCUUCAUGUUCGACCUUACCCGCAAAAGCACUUUGAACUCCAUCAAGGAAUGGUACAGGCAAGGGCGAGGGUUCAACAAGACCGCCAUCCCCUUCCUCGUGGGUACCAAGUACGAUCACUUUGUGAACUUUCCUCGGGAAGAUCAAGAGGAGAUUUCAAUUCAGGCCAAACGCUUCGCAAAAGCUAUGAAAGCCAGUUUGAUCUUCAGCAGUACCAGUCACAGCAUCAAUGUACAAAAGAUAUUCAAAAUCGUCUUGGCCAAAGCGUUUGACCUGAAAUGUACAAUCCCCGAGAUCGAAAACAUCGGCGAGCCUCUGUUGCUCUACAAGAACGUUUAA